GUUCCCCGUCAUCCAAUGCGAGAGAAUUUCAUGUAGUUCUCCCCCCUUGCCGGAAGUAGAAAUUGUUGUAGUUUGAAAACUAUCAAAUGUGAAAAAAUUACUAGAAAUGGUUGCUCAACACUGCCCGGCUUUAUUCCCAGAUCGAAAGAUGAAGAAAAUAAAAGUACUUGUUUUCUGAUCCAUAGACAUCCAAAAUAUAAUUGUAAAUUGUUCUUAUCCUGCUAUACUUAUGCAGUUUUCGUAUCAACGCCAAAAUUGGCGCCGGAAGUAGAACUGGGACGAUAAUGCUGAGAAAAACGGCGUGGACCUCUACCUCCAAGUCGAGACAGCACGACUGGAAUGAUUCUUCCGGAGAAAGAAAAUGUCUUGCUGCACCAGCACGCUUAGCCGCGGCCAACGAUUCUUGCUGCACAACGGGUACGAGGACCUCCUCGUCCGGCGAAGUAGUAGACCACCUCGGUUCAUCGCCGAGAUGGGAUAAGGUGAACCGAAAUAAAGCAGGCCGCGAAGAGGAGGAAAGUAAUGUGCCGGCCCCUGCGCGAGGAGAGAAGAUUCAAGUGGAGACAAAUCACCCUAUAAUUUUUAGAGAUGAACUGCAAGGAGUAUCGACGCACCGUGUCCGUUGGGUGGAGCCAGAUUAUAUGCCUGUAGUUCCCCCGGCCCCGCCCCUGGGUCGUGAUCGUGAAAACAUUGAAAGUAAAGACCUCCGCGAUGAAAUCCGAAGCCCCCAGCACGACGAGAAGAGAGACCAAUUGGCGGAAGUUGAUGUUCCCUCCCAUUGUAGAAGUUCUUGUAGCUCUACCACUAGUCCAGUGCGACCAGCGGCGCAAGGCGGUGGUGGUUUUUGUCUUCCCCAAGAGCCGGCGCAUCAGCUCCCGGGGCGGGCUCGGGUUAUUCCUGCUGGUCUGACCCGGCUCGAGGUCGCAUUGUCUCUCCCGUCGGUCCCUCCGCCGACGAGAGUGGACCACUUGGUGGAAAGCGCGGUUGCGAAUGGGCGAAGUGAAGAGACCUCAUUGAGAGAAAAACUGCAGGGUCGGCAAGUAGAUUUUUCGUUACCUGCAGCUGCCAAACCUCCGGAGGAAGAUAUUGUCGAUAUUUGUGCACCAAGAGCUGGUGGAGGAGGAGCAGACAAGAAGCGGCCUCGGAUUGAUGUUCAUCAUCCGACCAUCUACAACAACCCGGUUAAUAUUCACGACGAUAAUGGGCGCAGUUGUGGUGAAAAUAUGAAAUCCACGGUGCUAGUAGGAGAUCCACGUCCACAGGACGAAGAUGACCAACGCGGUCAAGAACAUACAAGACCACCAGGACCACCACAACUCGAAGCGUGCUAUCGGGAGCAGGGAAAAAUGACCAGAAAUUGUGGGCGCGGGAAUCAAAAUAUCACGACGUAUCCACAUCCACAUCCUGCCGAAAUAAAGCUAGUAAACGACCUGUCUGUGUUGAACUUGAAUCCGCCGGCGGCGCAAAGCUCCCGGGGAGCUGCAACUUCCGUUUUCACGUUCAAUAACACGGAGUUUUCCAUCGGCGAAUUGCUGGGUCGCGGGGGCUUCGCGGAGGUGUACAAGGCCGAAUCAAAAAAGAAGUUUUACGCGUUGAAGAUUGUUUCGGCCGACAGCCGGCAGAAAUUGUUGCAGUUUCAGCAGGAGUAUCAAGUGUAAAAAUGUCUGGGUCUGGAAGAGUGCAACUUGUCAUGCUAAAUCUGAAGCAUGCAAAAAUCUGCGUUGCAUGAUUACCAAAAGUCGUCCAGUUUUGACCUAGUCGGGAGGGAGUUUCUCAUGCAGGAUAGGCAUGAGAGAGAUCGCACAGAAUCUGUCAUGCUAGGUCCUCCAUUCCAGACCUCAUGGGUAAUGGAAAAGCUGCAUGACAAAUCGCACAUUCUUCCAGACCCAGACAUUUUUGCAUUUGAUAAAGAGGCGGUGCUGCUGGAGCAGUUGACGAAAGACGACAGGAUCGGGGAAAAGCACAUCGUGAAAUGCUACGGGUCGAAGCGGUUCGAGGAGAACUUGAAUCUUUUCAUCGUAUUGGAGUGCGCGGAUUGCGACUUCCGGACCUACCAGAAAUCCUUUUUGUGGAAGCAAGCUGGGGAAGGACUAGGACAAGGAACUGAUUUACUAUGUGGAAGCAAAAGACCGCAAGGGCAAGAUCAUAAUAUGAGGAAAUUGACGAGUAAUGUGAGCGACUCCAACCGAGACCUCGCGGCCGAGAUUUUCUACUUUAUGCCGCUGCCGCAAAUCUUGCACUGCAUCACCCAGAUGGCGAAGGCGGUGAGUUUCAUCCACAGCCGGAACAUUGUCCACUUCGACUUGAAGCCCGCGAACUUUCUGAUGUUUGACAACCGAACAACCGUGAAGCUGUCCGACUUUGGGCUGGCGCGGGUGGUCGAUUGUGAUAAAUCGCACAUCAGUCGGUUUGGCCACUGCGGGACUGUGCUCUACAUGGCGCCGGAGGCGCUGCACCAGGGGGAGCAGUACGAAAACACGAUGAAGAUGCGGCCGGGCACGGACGUGUGGUCGCUGGGGAUCAUCCUGUACGCGAUGAUCUACGGAAAGCCGCCGCACGACUACUUGCUGAGUCAGCCGGGGGGAACGAAUCGGGUCAUGUUCUGCAUCGUCGACGCGUGGAUGAAGAUACAGUAUCCGGAAAGGGUAAGCUUGGGCUGGCCGAGAAAAGAGGAGUAUAAUUGCAAAGCUGCCGGGACGAUCUUCACGAUGAGCAACGAUGAGAGCUACAACAAGACUUCUCAACAUGAUGAUCUGGAGGCACGAAAGAUGGAGCAUUUGAUGUUUCUGUUGCAGAAAUGCUUGGAGCGCGACAUCGAAAAGCGCAUAACCGCGGCGGAGUUUGAAGCGGAGCUGUGCGGGCUGGAAGCGUUGGUAUGCGGCGGGGCUGAGGGCAGUUGUAGCGGUGGAGCGACGACGUCGAGUGGCAGUUCUUGUGCUACGUUUGCAGCGGGAGCCAGCCGUACUAGUACUACGUUUGCAUCUGCAAUAAACUCGCAGGGACGAGAUCGUUCUUGUGCGACCGGGAGAAAUGUUGACUCAUCUUCUGCGGAGCAGAACAACUUUCAUCACCACGAUCCAGAACUUUGUUUCGACUUCCAGCAAGCCCCUAUUCGGCCCAUCCCGGGCAGCACUGCGACGGUCCUGCACAAAAAACACAUUCCGGUAGCUCUCGUCUCGCGUCCGGGUGGAGCACAAGAAAGAAGCGGUGGUGAAAUAAAACAAGUCGGGUACAACUUUCAGGAGGAAGAUUUGUUGUACAACUACUUCGGAGUAGCUGAAGGAGCACAACGACAAGGUUUUGCGCCGCUUGACUUUAUUGCUGCGGGAAAUAAUAAACAAGAGGACGUCGAUCUUCAUCAUGCUUCUGAUCAAGGCCUGCGAGACGAAAAUGCGAACUACUUUGUUGAGAAGAAAACAAACCCAGAAGACCAAAAUCAAAAUCUCGACCUGUACGGGGGAAGGAUAUUAAACCUGCAAGAAAUUUACGCGAACCGCGAAGGCCGUCGUGGACGAAAAAGUGCUCUUGUAAUUACCGAAGAUACAAAAACUCUGACCUUCACCGAUAAAACUGCGGAAGACGAAGAGACUCCGUCCGCCUACUUUUUUGAAGAAGGUUUUGGCGUGCGGCUCGCGGCGCCCGCGCAGAAGUCCUAUGAAGACCACUCCUUCUUGCCGACGCAAGAACUGCAGGACGAAACCAGAACCACAGUAGAUUUUUUGCCCGAACAACUCCCACGGCGCGAGCAUAAUAAUUGGGAGGAAGUAGUAGAUUGUGGUUCGGAUCUUUCUUUAGAAGCAGGAGACGAGGACACAGAUAAAGGUUGCUGUUCAACAAGCACUUUCAUGUCUUUCCUGUCGCCCGCGACCCUGCUCGGGAAAAUCCUGCUCGCCUGCGUCCUCCUUUCCCUGCCAGUUACCGUCGCGGUUUGCUGUGGCGUGUUUGUUGCGGAGACACAUUCUCAAAAUAGGGACGAACAUGAUCAAGUGGGCGAGCACGACGAGGAUGGCGGUAUUAGGACAUCAGCGACGAAGCCGAAGGAAGAUGCGGCACCGACGACCAGCUUAACAAGUCCCUCCAGGGGAGUUGUCCCUUCUCCUGCUCGCACCAUUUUUUGGCCGCCGGCGCGCAAUAGUACGGGAAUUAUGGGGGGAGGUCAAGGUAGAUCAACUGCUGCUGGAGGCGGAGGUCAAGGUCAUUUAUCAGCGGGGGGUGCUGCCGGAGCUGCAGAUCCACCAUCUCCACCUCCACCACCACCUCAACCAAAAAGCGACGACAGAAGUAGAAGUCCAGGCUUUAUUGCCUCCGCAACUUCUGCUACAGACGGAAGUGAUCAUCGUGAAGGUGGGUCUACUACUGCGACUGUUGCAGGUUCGGGAAGCGAUGAAGACCAUGGUAUAAGUGGCAGCACCACCAGAAGUGACACUGUAGGAGGAAGUGUGAGAAACAAUCAACCGCCUGCCAGUCGAACAGACGGAAGUAUUGAUGGUGGGGAAGGUGUUAAUCUUGAUCCCGAGCAGUUGUUGUACACCGUAGCAGGGUCGAGUUGUACACCGCCAUCACGUGGUUCUAGUACAACGCCUCCUACUUCAACUUCUCCUUCUGCAGCCACGGGAAGGUGGGGUAGCGUCGAGCCACAACUGGCUCCCUCGACGUCCUCUGAUGACGGACCAGAACCGGUCGAUACACAGGGAAGAACAAGAACAUCAUCUACCGCUGGUACUAGUAUACCAAACGAGCCGCGGGGACAACAAGAAGCCGCUCACCGGUCAAGAUCUCCAGUAGCGUCGGGGCCUGGGAGGUCGGGGGAAGAUGUUGGAGGUGUUGCAAGAAAUGCACAGAGCACAAGCGAUCGCAGUGUAGGAGUUGUCCCAACGGUAACAAGCCAAUUACUUUCAUCGCAGGACGAACAAAUAAGAGCCCGGGCCGCCAUUGUUGAGGAGGGGAACAGAAACGCAAGGGUGGCGAAGGUGACGAUGCAAGACUUUUUAUCCUAUUUAAAAACGUCCCCACCCCAUAGUUGUAAUGCAAAUCUACAUGCUGAAAAUGUUUCUCAUGCGGAGCCCCAUGAGAAGCAGUUUCUAGUCGUGUUUUUCAAUUUGUCAUGCUCCAAUCAGCAUGGUGUGCUAGGUCUGUGAUGCUGCUGAGGUAGCUCAAACAGCACUACACUACGAGUCCAAAUUUGUGAUGCAAAACAGCCAAAACUUGUGGAUUUGUCUAGCCGAUUCCCCAUCUUGACUAUGGUGUGGGGACAUUUUUACUCAGGAUACUUUUCGAUCCGAGCGCUGUAUUCGUGUCUGUCGUCGAAAGUGGUGGAUUUUCUGCGCUCGGGACCCGAGGAUGCCAGUUGGCGGCACCGAAAGAAAAUCCCCUCCGUGGAAUCCGCACGCCGGGCUGCUGAAAAGCUGGCAGAAAUCGCCAACAGAGGGCUGUGUUGGCGGCGCUUUCUCGAAGAUGAUGUUGAUCUUGCACCAGAUCAAGAUGGUAAUGAACAGCGCAGAAUUCUUGUAUCAUGCCCAGGACAACAAGAUAGAAAUUCUUCUUGUUCAUCCGCAAUUGAUGGCAAUGGACCCGCACAGCUGGACGAGCUGUCUGCCAAGGACCUAGCUCUGGUAGACCGAAGGCAAAACGCAGUGCUGUUUACGCUACGACAACUCGAGGGUGAGUUGGGGACUCAAGAUUUCGUCGGAAAUUUCUACCGCGGCGACCACUUUUCGUGGGGCUCUGAUGAGGAAGUGGUCACAAAAUUUGGUCCAGCGGAGCGACUGGCAGCCGCUCAGCUGGAGGCGGGUGGUCGUCAUACUUCUACCGGCAGCAGCUGCUGCUCACGGGGAAAUGAUAAUGAAGCACAGGAUAGCUUAUUUGCAGGAAGAAAAGAGCACAAGAGCAUCCUCACGGCAUCGCAAGCUGCUGGAAAGCGAAAGGCGCCGGUCACGUCUCUGGGAGACGUGUAGUAUAAUUGCUGCAGAACGAGGGAACGAUAGACACAAUAACAAAGAUUGUAUAGUACCAGCAGCUGCACUUACGAAGAGUUUUUCCGUCCUCGAAGUUAGUAGUAUCUCUAGACGGGACAACGACAAUUAUUAGAGGAACUGGCAUUUUUACAUGCCGACAUUAAUACGUAGACACAUUCAGGUGUAGGACAAUCGUUUGCAUAACCUGCAAACCAUCAAGUGCCCCCUAUACUCGUUUUCAUGUUUUUAUCUCCGGACUUGCUAGCCAAAAAUAUAUAAAAAUGCGAAGGCAUUUGAUUAUUCGAAAUGGAAUCUCGAAGUGAUAGUGAUUUUUUUAGCCACCGAGAGGAAAGAGAAAGAAUCCACCGAUGCCGAAUCCAAUCCUUCCAGUGGUAGUAGAUGAAGUUGUCCCCCCAACGAAGAUCUAGAGACGUCAUACAUGGUUUGUCGUAGUUGUGCUUACAAAUUUGUAGUAGUACCCAACAUGAUUCCUAUUCCAUCACUUGUACUAGAAAAAUAUCUCGGUCUACUAAACGGGACAAACAAGCUGCUUCCCCAGAAGCACUAGGACUUUUGCGUCCCAUAGGUCGUUUUCAUGUGCUUCAGUAACCUCAACGGAACAUGAACAGGAGGAAAAUUGUAGACGCAACAAGAACAACAAAACAGAUAUUGUCGACAUUUCGUUGUCGGCUAAUUUAUUUCAUGCGGUGAGGGGGC